AUGUGUUUUAUCCUUCAAGAAGGAGAGCAACAGGUAAACGCCAUUGCAAGGUUCAAUGGACAACAAAGGAAGUAUGACCCAUUUUCAAGCACUUACAAUCCAGGGUGGAGAGAUCAUCCAAACCUUAGCUAUGGGAAUAGACAACAGAACUUCCAGCCAAUAGCAAACUAUCAAACUGCAAAAUCAUGUAUGUCUCUAGAAGACAUUGUUCAAUCCCUUGCUAAUAGCACUCUUGCUUUUCAACAGGAAACGAAGUCAAGCAUUCAAAAUUUGGAGAAUCAAAUGAGCCAACUUGCUACAUCAGUAAGCAAGCUGGAAUCACAAGGGAAACUGCCUUCCCAAACCGUGCCAAAUCCAAAACAGAACGUAAGUGCAAUUAUGCUGCGAAGUGGGAAGGAGUUAGAAUCUGCCAGCCUGAAGAAGCUUGCCCAAGGCAGUAAGGCAGACCAGAAGAUAGAAGCAGAAAUAGAGAUUCUAGAAGAGAAUCAGCCUCAAAAAUAUGAGAAAGAACAAUCCUCAAUACAGGUAAUACGUCCACCUUUUCCUGAAAGAUUUGCUCAAUCAAAAAGAGAAAAGGAAGAGAAAGAGAUCUUGGAGAUUUUUCGCAAAGUUCAGGUAAACAUACUCCUUCUUGAAAUCAUAAAGCAAAUACCAAGGUACGCGAAAUUUUUAAAAGUCCUUUGCACUAAUAAAAGAAAUCUGUAUGGGCACGAAAAGAUUAAAGUAGGGGAGAAUGUGUCAGCUGUACUCCAAAGAAAAAUUGCACAAAAAUGUAAAAACAAAGACAUGUUUGCUAUAUCAUGUUCUUUGAAACAAUCAGGAGUUACACUCCAACUCGCCGAUAGAUCAAUAGUUUAUCCUAAGGGUGUGUUGGAAGAUAUUUUGGUCCAAGUGGGAAAAUUAAUCUUCCCAGCAGACUUCUUUGUCUUGGAUAUGGAAGAUGACAGUUCAUCCAACUCUACAGAUUUAUUGCUAGGAAGACCAUUCCUUAGCACAGCUAGAACGAAUAUUGACGUGCAUGAAGGCACGCUUUCAAUGGAGUUUGAUGGAGAAAAGGUAAAGUUUAAUGUUUAUGAUGCAAUAAAACAUUCUGAUGAUAAUUUUUCUCUUUGCAACAUAGAUGUAGUUGAUCCUCUCGCUCAAGAAGCCUUUAAACUAAGCAAGAAAAACAAGUUGGAGAUAGUUUUAACCGAAAACUUGACAAUGGGCUGCCUUGACAAUAGCACAUCGCAAUUCAGUGAAGAAAUCAUAGAAAUAAUCCACUCAUGGGACACUUUAAACCAUAAGGCAUCAGAACUUGAGUUAAAAUUACUUCCAGCUCAUUUGAAAUAUAGGGAAGUGGAUGAAAUACAACAUGCCACUGUCCAGCCUAGGACAAUAAACAAGGGCACUGUUUGGGAGAUUGGAUCAUCUAGAUGGCCAGUGCCGCCUCCUCCCGCGCUUCGACCAGGAGCCGCCGCUCGUCGCACCGCAAGCAGACCACGAUCCUAUAAAAUGUGGCGACCGAACCAGUGGACGCUCCAUCAUCACCGGUCACGCGUCCCUCUGCCGGUCUCGAAGCCUGCACAACCUUCAUCGCUGGACACAGCGCCCCCUUCGCCAAUUGCGACGUCUUCGCCGCCGAUUGCCAACCCAGCCACGCCUUCUUUGCCAAAUCGCGAGUCCAACCUCAUCGGUUGCCACCUCCUUAGCGCCAACACCGCCGUUAACCUCCUCGCCGGUUGCAGCCAUGCACCAGCGUUUGCUGAUGAGAUAGAGUUAUGA